AUGGCGGUAUUCAAACAUAAACGAAAUACAGAAGUGAAUGAAAUUUGCAUGAAUAUCGAAUCUGACAGUGACAGCGACUUUAUUGAUGAUUUCAGCGAUGAAGAAUCUGAUGAUGACGAUUUUUCAUCUGUAUCUCAUAGAUCCUGGAGAGGUGGUCAUUUUACGCCUCAUCUUUUUGACUUUACACAAGAGACUGGGCUCAAUUCAGAAAUAUUACACUUGGAAAAUGAAUCUCCAUUAGAUUUUUUUGAAGUGUUAUUCGAUCGGACAAUAUUAGAACAAAUAGUGAAUGAAACAAAUAAAUACCAAUCACUUUCAAACAAAAGUGUUCCAGAUUCUUCUAUAUCUCAUCAGGCACGAUGGAGUGAUACGAACGUUCCUGAGUUGUAUUCUUUUCUAGCCAUCGUGAUGCUUAUGGCUCAUACGAAAAAGAACCGAAUAAAGGACUACUGGUCUACAGAUCAGCUUAUUUCUACUCCAAUUUUCAGCCAAAUGUUCACUAGAGACCGAUUUCUGUUAAUUCUGAAAUUUUUACAUUUCAAUGAUAAUCAGCAACAGCAAGAUGGUGAUCGAUUGCAUAAAAUAAAGCCAAUUCUUGAUCAUUUGCGAAAGAAGUUCAAACUUUGCAUCAAACCAUACAAAAAUUUGUGUAUUGAUGAAAGCGUGAUGGUAUGGAAAGGACGUUUGAGUUUCAAGCAAUAUAUACCAUCAAAAAGACAUCGUUUUGGUGUGAAAUUAUUUGUACUAUGCGAUUGUCACACGGGUUUCAUUAUGGAUUUUAUCAUUUAUACAGGUCAACAGACAGAGAUUAAAUUGGAUGAAGAACUGGGAAUAUCGGGUUCAGUUGUUAUGACUCUGAUGGAUAGCUAUUUAGACAAAGGUCAUGUACUUUUCAUUGAUAAUUGGUAUACGAGCCCCAUUCUGUUCGAAAAGUUACACUAUAGACGAACAGGUGCUUGUGGAACUGUCAGAUGCAACAGAGUUGGUCUUCCAACAUUUCCUUCGAAGUUACAACAAGGUAAACAAACGUUUCAACAUACAAAUAUAUUACUUGCAUUGAAGUGGCGCGAUAAGCGCGAUGUUCACAUGUUAUCUACAAUCCAUGCACCAGAUAUGGCUCUAACUAAUAAAAUGAGUCGUAUAACAAACAAACCAAUACCAAAACCUCUUUGCAUCAAGGACUACAACGAAAAUAUGGGCUUAGUAGAUAAAUCUGAUAUGCAAAUUAGUUUUUCAGAAUGUAUUCGCAAAACGAUCAAAUGGUAUAAGAAGUUCUUUUUCCAUCUACUCGAUUUAUCAAUGCUAAAUGCUUACAUACUUUACAAGGAAAAGAAACACGUAACUCUUGAAUUCAGUGAUUUUCGUCUAGAAGUAAUUCGACAGAUAUUUGACAAAUAUGGUACUCAACGAAAUACAAGGAGAGGUCGACCAUCUGCUGACAAACCAUUGCGACUAACAGCCCGCCAUUUCCCAUCACAAACUGGUGGAGGAUCACGAAGAUGUAUUGUCUGCAGUACGACCGGCAAACGGCCCAAAAAGCGUUCUCGUACUAAGUAUGAAUGUUCUGAAUGUAAUGUAGGUUUAUGUGUUGCAAACUGUUUUCGAGAAUAUCAUACAUUGCAAUCAUAUUAA